UCUCUGUCUAAGAUUUGUGAGGCAUAAAAAAGACCAAUAAUCAUUUGCAUCUUUGCUACAACAGAGGAGCAGAUUCAUUGUUUCACAGUUUGCAUGGAUUUUUGUGUGAUAGCUAAAAAAUGAUGCCAAAUUUAGGAUCAAAGAAGAAAGACAAUCUAUCCAGAAUGGAUAGAUACACUGAGGACUUGCCAAAGCUGAGCAAUGAGAUGCAGCUGAGCAUCAUGAACAAGGUGAAGAACGGAGAGUUGUCUAUCGAGGAUGCUCUGAACCUUGCCAGGAAGGACCGGGACCAGCUGCUCAAACAGCAGAACCUGGCUGAAGAGGAGCAUCAACCAUCACAGUACAACUUCAGUGUUCAUAAACACAGUCACUACAGGUGGCAGAAGCGGGUUCUUCAGGUUGACUUCAAGACCAAAAUGCUGUGCAGCAUUGAGAAAGGCAUCAUCAACCGACAACUUCCGUUCUCCAUUGUCAAAAGCUGUGAUGAUGGAGUCGGUUCAAGAUUCUCCAUCUCCUUUAAAGGACAUCAUGACUAUGAACUGGAGGCCACAUCACUGGAAGACAAACACAAGAUAAUGCAGCUUGUGAACCAGAUAAUUUAUGGGAACAUAUACAGGGAUCCUGAAGAGGGAAAUGCAGAAACUCAUCAGCAGCCUCAGGCAACACAGAGCCUUCGGGAAGGCGUCUUGUUACUACACAGAGGAGGCCUGGCAUCAUUCAGAUGGGUGAAAUACGAGGUCCAGCUUCACCCGGGCCAGCUAACACUGUUCCCCUUCAGGUGUCGAGGCCCCGCUGACGAUGAGGUGGCGUCCUCAGUGCCCGUGUCCAUCGUGAUUCACCUGUCAGACGGUGACACCAGCGUACAGAAACCUCCCAGCCCGGACGCUUUCACCCUGAUCACCCACAAAAAUGAAUACCAAUUCAAGGUGCCUGUAUCAGAUCAAACCAGUGCCCAAGGGGCUGUCCAGAGGGAGCGAGAUGCUUGGAUCCAUGCCAUUGACAAACUGUGUGCAGAGUGGAAGAGGAAGUCCAAGGACAAACACACAUUCAUAGAAACAAAGAUUCUACAAAAUCUCAGCAUAGCCGAAGACGCGGAGGACACCAAUAGAGAUCUUGAGUCAAGCGGUGGAUUUAGUGGUGGCACUAUCAUUUAUCCUCCAGUCCCAGAGUCUCUUAAACAUGAAUCAGGCUCAUCGGUUGUGAAAGGGCCUUCGCCCCCGAGCAUCCCGGCCGCCCCACCUUUACCCUUCAAACCGAGGACAAAUUUAAGAAAAAUACAUACCAAGGCUUUCCACUGGGACCUAGUUGGCUCAGAGAAGAUUGCAAAAUCAUUUUGGAUACAAGAAAGCGGCGGGAGGAUUGAAAUCGACACAUCACGCUUAUACGAGCAAUUUGCUGUUAGAGAUCUGGGGACGUUCGGUGCGGCUGAGCAGAGCAAUACCCAGCAUAUUAUGCUCAACCAGAAGAUUGCACACAACUUCAACAUUUUCCUCAAAAGUUUUCCAGUGCAGCCGGGAGAGCUGAAGGACAAACUGUUCAUCGUUAACGAGGAAGAUGGAGGCCUGUCUGAUGAGCACAUCACCUCUCUGAGGAGGUAUGUCCCCACAGUGGAUGAUGUGGAAAUGUACAAAUCCCACCAGGGACCAGUGACAGAACUACAUAUUGUGGACCAGUAUAUGAUGGAGAUGUGCAACAUCCCCUACCUGAGCACACAACUCGACCUGCUGCUGAGUCUGAGAGAGCUCCCGAUCGGCAUGAACGACCUGCAGCCCCUGAUUAACCAGAAGAUCAGAAUGUGCAUGCAGCUGUACAACUGUAGGUCAUUUGUUUCCGUGCUGGAGUACCUCCUUGCCAUUGGCAAUUACCUCAACGAGAAUGCCGGAAAGGAAAAGGCCAAGGGAUUCCGCCUCUCCUCCUUAACUAAACUCGCCCAGCUCCGUGGGAGAGACAGGAAGUUCACCUUGCUCCAUGCCCUUGUGGAGCAGAUCAUGUUGCAUGAACCGUGCUUGGCCACUUUUACCGAAGAGCUGGCAGAAUUUGAAACUGUCCCUGGAGCUUCCAUCAAGGGCCUGACCGCAGAAGUAGAUGUCCUGAAGAAUGAACUGCAGAAAGUCAUUCAGUACAGAAAAACUUCCAAGAAGAGAAAUGCUGGAGCUCAUCACCCAAACUUCUCCAAAGACCUGAAGACAGCGAUUGAGAAGUUCAACACGGAUCUCGCAGCACUGACAAAGACUUGUGAGGAGAUGAAGAAACUCUACUCUGUCAUACUGGUUAAAUUUGGAGAACCGGCGAAUCAAGACUCUCAGGAUCUCUUUGGGUUGAUCUGUCAAUUCGUCCUCGACUUCAAGAGGGCACAUGCUGAAACUAUAUGAGUUACACAGUAUGAAGUAAAUAUUAGUGACCACUGGGACUACAGUGAAGCUUACUGAGCAAACAAAGUUAUAGUCACUAUUCCGAAAUAAGAAUAUUACUUGAUAUUAGAAAUAAUAAUAAUGAUGAGUUGGGUUGGAUUGGAUUUAGAGUAUAUUUUCUAUAUUUUUCCCCUGUUUUGUUGCACAGAUAUUUCAGUUUACAAUGUGCCCUGGAUGUGAUUAAUUGUAUAGACAUAAGAAGUGCACAGUGAUGCUCAUGCACCUGAACAACAGAUGCUGAAAUCAAUUUUGUGAAUAUAAAACUGAUCAAUGCUGAGUUAUUUCAUGUCAGAGAUGGGCUUGAUUUGAGUUGACAGGAGUUAACAUAGACAACACUUGAGAGGCCAGCUGGUGAACUUCGGGUUUGUGAUUAUUCUGAAUAUGUAAUCUUGCUGUGGUCAGGGACAUUUGCUCUCCCAGCGCUGCAGGAGGAGCUCCAAGGCCACCUCUGAUUCAGGACCACAUCUGCACUUUGGAAAAGUUGCACAUUUUCUCAUGCAAAAGCCAGAAGAAACCACCAAUUUUAAUCAAAACUUUGGUGAUUUUUUUUUGAGCAGGAAACACUCACAACUAUUUCAUUAAAUGAAAUGAAUUAUUUCCCUCACAGAGCUUUAUCUUAUUUUUAUUUUUUUUUAUUCCAAUUUGUCAGAGUUGUAGCUGGAUGGAUCAUUAAGGCUUAUUUAUUUAUAUAUUUCUAGACAUUACGUCUUUGUGCCGCUUUUGAAAUUAAAAACAGAUAAGUAGCUUAACCUUGAGCAUGUACACAAAAUCAACGCUAAAAGUCACUUCAAAUUGUGCAGAUCUCCAUUUUCUUUUAGUUUGGAAUUAAUUUCAUUUUUGAAGAGAAUCACAGACACAUAAAUGCAAUAAUUGCGCAGUUAUUGCCCCUUUGUUAUACGUGACAAUCAGUAUUGUGCCACUUCGUUUCUCAAGCAUUUUGUUGCAGGAGGGUUAAACCUCUGUUUGUAUGGACUCGACACUGCCUUUUACUUUCGAUUCUCCAAGUCAUCACCUAGUUUUUAGGGGGUUUGUAUAAAAACAAGGUGUCAUAUCUGAUUUUUUCCCUGCACAUGUACAAGUUUGUUUAAAUGACAGGAUAUUUUAUUCCAUUUGAUAUGCAUUGUAAAAGCUAAAUUACUUUCCCUUUUUAAAGCUUCCAUAUUAUGUAAUAUGAGAUUCAUGUAUUUUCUAUGCCUCCACACCGGCGACAGCCAUGAAUGACGUUUGGAAAUCAAUCGAUACACCUU